GUUACUGGUCAUUUAGAUGACUGCACCUGUGAUGUUGAAACCAUUGAUGCCUUCAACAACUACAAGCUUUUUCCCAGACUGAAUGAACUUCUGCAAAGUGACUAUUUUAGAUACUACAAGGUAAACCUCAAGAAGCCUUGUCCUUUUUGGAAUGACAACAGUCACUGUGGAAUAAGAGACUGUGCUGUAAAGCCCUGCCCAUCUGAGGAAGUCCCUGAUGGAAUCAGAUCUGGAAGUUACAAGUAUUCAGAAGAAGCCAAUAACCAUGCUGAAGAAUGUGAAGAAGCCAAGAGACUUGGUGCUGUUGAUGGCUCUUUGAGCAAGGAGACGCAGCAGGCAGUGCUCCAGUGGACACAGCACGAUGACUCUUCAGACAGCUUCUGUGAAGCUGAUGAUAUCUCUUCUCCUGAGGCAGAGUAUGUGGAUUUACUCCUGAAUCCUGAACGCUAUACUGGCUACAAAGGACCCGAUGCCUGGAAAAUUUGGAACAGUAUUUAUGAAGAAAACUGCUUCAAGCCUCAGAAUGUAAAAAGACCUUUGGCAUCUGGUAGAGGAGAUGAUGGAGGGCACGCGUUUUACAAGUGGCUGAAAGGUGUCUGUGUAGAGAAACGAGCUUUCUACAAGCUCAUUUCUGGUCUCCACGCAAGCAUCAACAUUCAUUUGAGUGCCAGGUACCUUUUACAAG